UCUGUGAGCUCGUGCUGGUGUAAAGACUGCUGCUUCGCUGUGCUGUCCCACACAUCGGAGAGCAUCGCCCGACCGCGAGGAUGUUUUCAUAUUAAUGCGCAGCACACGUGGUUUAUAACCGCAAUAUCUAAAGCUGAGGGCAAUGAGAAGUCGCCCAAGGAGGAAAGAGAAAGAAUCCUUAAACCUUCAGUAGGUGGGACGCGCGCUAGGGGUUUAAUGAAGAGCACGAGACGGUUUCAAAUUGUAGCUCGAGCUCAUUGCCACAGAUAAAAACGUAGCGCUCGUCGUUGUUCUGCAAUUAUCGUACUCGGAAACGUUCCCCUUGCGCGUCUUCAACAAAGGAGAGGGGAUUACCGAGCAACAUAUAUGUCUCAACAUGCAAAUAACCCUCUACUGUGAAAGUUUGUCGUCUUCUACGAGGGGAGAUACGGAGCUCGAGUGCACACACGGCAGACACGCGUCUAUCUAGCGCUGGAUUGUGUGUUAUCCGCGUCUUCAAAAUGAAGAGAAGGCAAAAGCGCGUUCUGCAGAUGGCAUUUCUGUUUAUGGUGGCUUUAAUUUUUCUGCCAAACGUCGGCCUUUGGUCAAUGUACAGAGAGAAGAGCCUUAUGAAGUCGCAUGAGCCGGGAGAGCAGGGCUUCCCGCUGGGAUUAAAUGAUGGCCACAUUUAUACCUGGACAGACGGUUUGAGAAGAAGAGACUGGCAUGACAACGAGAGCAUGAGGAAAGACAGCCAACGUGUUGGAAAAGGGGAGCAUGGGAAACCGUACCCGCUAGCGGAGGACGAGUGUGAUGACUCAGUUUACAAAGAGAAUGGCUUCAACAUCUACGUCAGCAACAAUAUCGCCCUGGACCGCUCCCUUCCUGACAUCAGACAUCCAAACUGUAUGCAGAAGCUGUAUCUUGAAAACCUCCCGAACACCAGUAUCAUCAUCCCGUUCCAUAACGAAGGCUGGUCCUCUCUGCUCAGAACCAUCCAGAGCAUCACAAACCGCACACCUGACCACCUGAUCGCAGAGAUCAUACUGGUGGACGACUACAGUGACAGAGAGCACCUGAAGGCACAUCUGGAGGAGUACAUGUCCAGAUUUCCUAAGGUCCGUAUCGUGCGCACCAAGAAGAGAGAGGGACUGAUCCGCACGCGUCUGCUGGGAGCGUCGGUGGCUAGAGGAGAAGUCCUUACUUUCCUGGAUUCUCACUGUGAAGCCAACAUCAACUGGCUGCCGCCCCUGCUCGACCAGAUCGCCCAGAACCCCAAAACCAUUGUGUGUCCCAUGAUAGACGUGAUUGACCAUAACCACUUUGGAUAUGAAGCACAAGCGGGAGAUGCCAUGAGGGGAGCCUUUGACUGGGAGAUGUACUAUAAACGCAUUCCUAUCCCGUCUGAACUGCAAGGACCAGACCCCAGCGACCCAUAUGAGUCUCCUGUCAUGGCUGGAGGCUUGUUUGCUGUAAACCGACAGUGGUUCUGGGAACUGGGAGGAUACGACACAGGCCUUGAGAUCUGGGGCGGUGAGCAGUUCGAAAUAUCUUUCAAGGUAUGGAUGUGCGGAGGCAGUAUGUAUGAUGUGCCUUGUUCGAGGGUGGGCCACAUCUACAGGAAGUACGUCCCCUACAAGGUGCCUUCAGGGACCAGCCUGGCAAGAAACCUGAAGCGGGUCGCAGAGACAUGGAUGGAUGAGUACACAGAGUAUAUCUAUCAGCGCCGGCCUGAGUACCGCCACCUCUCCACCGGUGACCUGACCACUCAAAAAGAGCUCCGCAAACACCUCAAAUGUAAAGACUUCAAAUGGUAUAUGAACACUGUGGCCUGGGACCUGCCCAAAUAUUACCCACCUGUGGAGCCACUGCCAGCCGCCUGGGGAGAGAUCCGUAAUGCGGCCUCUGGUCUGUGCAUCGACUCCAAACAUGGCUCCACGGGAACCGAGCUGCGUCUGGACACUUGUCUGAAAGAGGGUGCAGAGCGAACAUGGGCACACGAGCAGAUUUUCACGUUUGGCUGGAGAGAGGACAUCAGGCCCGGGGAUCCCCUGCACACCAGAAAAUUCUGCUUCGAUGCUAUUAGUCAGAAUAGCCCCAUCACCUUGUAUGACUGCCAUGGUAUGAAAGGCAACCAGCACUGGAGCUACAGAAAGGAUAAGUCUUUGUACCACCUGGUGAGCAACGGUUGCAUGGACUGUAGCCCCGGCGAUAAGCGGAUUUUCAUGAACAAGUGCGACCCCGAGUCUGAAACACAACAGUGGAUCUUCCAGAAAGUCAACGCUACCGUUCUGGACAAAUUCAACAGCGGCGCCAGCUCAUAGGACCUGGGGUUGUGGUCAAGCCAAUCAGCUGGCUUCCACACAUACACACACCUCCCACAAUCCUUAGCGUGGGCCUGGAUGUUCUUACUGUCUGGCUCUGGGUUCCUCUCAAGGUUCUGCCGCAGACUGAGCAAGUGCAGGAUCUUGAAAGAGGGGACUGGAAACACAGAGAGACACGAGGCUGGUGGAAACGCAUCCACAAUGAGCACCUUGCUGGUCGAGGAGAAUACAAACAGCCUGGACUCUCUAGCAGGGGUCUAAUUUGAGCCCCCAGAUGCUCCCUAUACAUUAAAAAAAAGUGCAGCUUUAGGACUUUGGAAGUGGAGUCCAGUGAAAGAAUGUUCUGUAUCAGUCCUUAAAGAUUGCAUGGGGGAUUUGUACAAAACCAGAAAGUUUGCUCUAUGAUUUUUUUUUUUUUCUUUUUUUCUUUUUCUUUUCUUUUUUCGUAACACUAUUUAUUUUUCUCUGGGAUUGUUUCGACUGUAUAUUUAUUUGUAUUUAUUUGGUGCCUUUUCCAGAUUUAAGUUAUGUGUAUUAACUCUGUUUUAUCAUCUCUUGUACCUGUUAGAGUCAAACUUGGGUCGAGGUGUUGGGUUGACCUAAUUAAAUGAGAUCUUUGACUUUUUCAAUGGAAUCUAUCUUGUUACAGAGUUUCUCGUCUAUAAAUAAAGCAGAAAAUGAGUGGA